UGGCCCGCCGCUCAUUCCCUCCGCUGGGAGCCGGUAACCACGGUCCGUUCACACGGCCGGAACAUCCGCGGGAGCGGGGUGUGUGGCUGCGCCGCCGCCGCGGCCGAGGGUCUCGCGGUCACCGGCGCCCCCGCCGACAGCGCCGCACACGCGGAGCGCCUUAUAAGGCAGAACAGUGACGUAACGCCCAUAGGCCGGGCGCGCUCAGCGCCCCGCUCGCAUUGUUCGGGCGACUCCCGGAGCGCGCACAGCCGGCUCGCAGCGCGGCACUACAGCGGCCCCGGCCCGGCCCCCGCCCGGCCCCGGCGCAGGCAGCUCAGAUUAAAGAAGCUAAUUGAUCAAGAAAUCAAGUCUCAGGAGGAGAAGGAGCAAGAAAAGGAGAAAAGGGUCACCACCCUGAAAGAGGAGCUGACCAAGCUGAAGUCUUUUGCUUUGAUGGUGGUGGAUGAACAACAAAGGCUGACGGCACAGCUCACCCUUCAAAGACAGAAAAUCCAAGAGCUGACCACAAAUGCAAAGGAAACACAUACCAAACUAGCCCUUGCUGAAGCCAGAGUUCAGGAGGAAGAGCAGAAGGCAACCAGACUAGAGAAGGAACUCCAAACACAGACCACAAAGUUUCACCAGGACCAAGACACAAUUAUGGCGAAGCUCACCAAUGAGGACAGUCAAAAUCGCCAGCUUCAACAAAAGCUGGCAGCACUCAGCCGGCAGAUUGAUGAGUUAGAAGAGACAAACAGGUCUUUACGAAAAGCAGAAGAGGAGCUGCAAGAUAUAAAAGAAAAAAUCAGUAAGGGAGAAUAUGGAAAUGCUGGUAUCAUGGCUGAAGUGGAAGAGCUCAGGAAACGUGUGCUAGAUAUGGAAGGGAAAGAUGAAGAGCUCAUAAAAAUGGAGGAGCAGUGCAGAGAUCUCAAUAAGAGGCUUGAAAGGGAGACACUACAGAGUAAAGACUUUAAACUAGAGGUUGAAAAACUCAGUAAAAGAAUUAUGGCUCUGGAAAAGUUAGAAGAUGCUUUCAACAAAAGCAAACAAGAAUGCUACUCUCUGAAAUGCAAUUUAGAAAAAGAAAGGAUGACCACAAAGCAGUUGUCUCAAGAACUGGAGAGUUUAAAAGUAAGGAUCAAAGAGCUAGAAGCCAUUGAAAGUCGGCUAGAAAAGACAGAAUUCACUCUAAAAGAGGAUUUAACUAAACUGAAAACAUUAACUGUGAUGUUUGUAGAUGAACGGAAAACAAUGAGUGAAAAAUUAAAGAAAACUGAAGAUAAAUUACAAGCUGCUGCUUCUCAGCUUCAAGUGGAGCAAAAUAAAGUAACAACAGUUACUGAGAAGUUAAUUGAGGAAACUAAAAGGGCGCUCAAGUCCAAAACCGAUGUAGAAGAAAAGAUGUACAGCGUAACCAAGGAGAGAGAUGAUUUAAAAAACAAAUUGAAAGCGGAAGAAGAGAAAGGAAAUGAUCUCCUGUCAAGAGUUAAUAUGUUGAAAAAUAGGCUUCAGUCAUUGGAAGCAAUUGAGAAAGAUUUCCUAAAAAACAAAUUAAAUCAAGACUCUGGGAAAUCCACAACAGCAUUACACCAAGAAAACAAUAAGAUUAAGGAGCUCUCUCAAGAAGUGGAAAGACUGAAACUGAAGCUAAAGGACAUGAAAGCCAUUGAGGAUGACCUCAUGAAAACAGAAGAUGAAUAUGAGACUCUAGAACGAAGGUAUGCUAAUGAACGAGACAAAGCUCAAUUUUUAUCUAAAGAGCUGGAACAUGUUAAAAUGGAACUUGCUAAGUACAAGUUAGCAGAAAAGACAGAGACCAGCCAUGAACAAUCGCUUUUCAAAAGGCUUCAAGAAGAAGAAGCUAAGUCAGGGCACCUCUCAAGAGAAGUGGAUGCAUUAAAAGAGAAAAUUCAUGAAUACAUGGCAACUGAAGACCUAAUAUGUCACCUCCAGGGAGAUCACUCAGUCCUGCAAAAAAAACUAAAUCAACAAGAAAACAGGAACAGAGAUUUAGGAAGAGAGAUUGAAAACCUCACUAAGGAGUUAGAGAGGUACCGGCAUUUCAGUAAGAGCCUCAGGCCUAGUCUCAAUGGAAGAAGAAUUUCCGAUCCUCAAGUAUUUUCUAAAGAAGUUCAGACAGAAGCAGUAGACAAUGAACCACCUGAUUACAAGAGCCUCAUUCCUCUGGAACGUGCCGUCAUCAAUGGUCAGUUAUAUGAGGAGAGUGAGGAUCAAGACGAGGACCCUAAUGAUGAGGGAUCUGUGCUGUCCUUCAAAUGCAGCCAGUCUACUCCACGUCCUGUUAACAGAAAGCUAUGGAUUCCCUGGAUGAAAUCCAAGGAGGGCCAUCCUCAGAAUGGAAAAAUACAAACUAAACCCAAUGCCAGCUUUGUGCAACCUGGAGAUCUAGUCCUAAGCCACACACCUGGGCAGCCACUUCAUAUAAAGGUUACUCCAGACCAUGUGCAAAACACAGCCACUCUUGAAAUCACAAGUCCGACCACAGAGAAUCCUCACUCUUACACGAGUACUGCAGUGAUACCGAACUGUGGCACGCCAAAGCAAAGGAUAACCAUCCUCCAAAACGCCUCCAUAACACCAGUAAAGUCCAAAACCUCUACCGAAGACCUCAUGAAUUUAGAACAAGGCAUGUCCCCAAUUACCAUGGCAACCUUUGCCAGAGCACAGACCCCAGAGUCUUGUGGUUCUCUAACUCCAGAAAGGACAAUGUCCCCUAUUCAGGUUUUGGCCGUGACUGGUUCAGCUAGCUCUCCUGAGCAGGGACGCUCCCCAGAACCAAUAGAAAUCAGUGCCAAGCAUGCGAUAUUCAGAGUCUCCCCGGACCGGCAGUCAUCAUGGCAGUUUCAGCGUUCAAACAGUAAUAGCUCAAGUGUGAUAACUACUGAGGAUAAUAAAAUCCACAUUCACUUAGGAAGUCCUUACAUGCAAGCUGUAGCCAGCCCUGUGAGACCUGCCAGCCCUUCAGCACCACUGCAGGAUAACCGAACUCAAGGCUUAAUUAACGGGGCACUAAACAAAACAACCAAUAAAGUCACCAGCAGUAUUACUAUCACACCAACAGCCACACCUCUUCCUCGACAAUCACAAAUUACAAUCAAGGAGGUAUGCAAGCAGAGAAUCCCAACAUGGAUCCCUCAACCAAAAUCUACAGGCAUCACCAAGAUUUCCACUAAAGCCCCCACAGUGCCUAUGGAUAAGCCUAUUUACCAAAAUGGCUGUGGAAAGCUACACAUCGUGAGAACUGUUACCUCCAACACUUUCCUCCAUGUGGGAGGGAGAAGGUAACUCAUACCAAUGCACGGCCUGGAUACAUUCAUCUACAGAAAUAUGUGGAAAGCUAAAAUUACCACUAUGAAAGGCCAAAGGACCAUCUCUACAGGAAAUGGUGAAGCAGCUUGGUGGACCUGAUGAAGAUCAUCCCCAAAAAAGCAGCACAUCUACAAUUAUUUUACUUCUAUAUGUGUAUGUGCACAUACAAACACUCACAGGCCUAGACCCACACCCAAAUCUACCCAUUUCCUCAUCCUACAUAUAAUCUAACCCAAAGAUGAACUAUCUAGAGUCAGCCUGGGAUAGGACUGAAUUCACUAGAACAGUUCAAGAGUUUUCUGGUGAAAACAGAAGUAAUUCUUCAUUCUACAGAACUUUGCUGAUUAAUCACAUUUUGCUAAGAAAAGGUGAUAGCAAAAAUUCCUAAUCUGAGUCAAGAAAAUCAGAGUAUUUCCAUCAAGAUGACAGGACAAUUAAAAUCCCACUUUAAGGUCUAAAACUAUGAUUUCUUUAUGACCAGGAGGGAAAAACCAAAGUGAUAAUUCUUAAAGGAGGAAAAGCAUAACAAAAGUGAGUAACAGCUGAAUAUGUCCUUUGUGCAGAAUACCUGACAAUCACUGGUGUAGUAAGCAUACCUGAUCACUGGCACUUAGUCUCAGUAACACUGAGAUAUUUUAGGGAGAUAUGAAUCAAUGUUCCAGGUGCUCGAAAAAAAUACACAAUUUAUCAUCUCACAGGACAUUGUUUAUUCAUAUCUCUUCUCUGAAUAAACACUAUCGAAAAUCAGUUGAUUCAACAAAAGCUUGGGGUUAGGAGACUCAAAUUCCAAUCCUAGAUUUUCAUUCAUGUGACAACGAUCUUUGCAUUCAUCAAUCUAAGCCUUGAGUUUCCACAUGUAAAACAGGAAAGUGAAAUAAUUCCUCAGGUCCCUUCCAGUUCUGAUAACCUAUGAAUAUGUCCAACUAUUAAUACAAAAUGUUGAAUUCAAACAUUCAUCUAUAAGGCUAGACACAGUCCCCUGGCAGAAAGCUAAAGCACUUCUUUUCAUCACACUGAAAACUCUCUCAUUGAAUUGAGAGAAAGGUGUGCCUAUAAUUCAGUGUGGACAGAGUAAUACAGGACGUUUUAAGACAAGGCAUGUUUGACACAAAAGGCAGUUCAAAAAACAUUUAAAAAAGCUUCAAUCGAGGGGGGAAAAAAUCAAUGGAACGACACUAAACAUUUUUUGUGAUCCUUCACUAAAAACUGGAAGCAUGACCCUGGAAGAAAUCCUCAUAGUUAAGGACUGCUUUAGCCAGCUGCCCUGGGUUGGAGCCAGCAGAGCAAGAGCAAAGGAACUCCCAUUCCCCAUACUUAUCUAACUAAGUCCGCCUCAUUACACUAAUGCCACUGUACAAACACCUCCAGGCCCCUGCAAUUUCAAGGAGGAGAAGGAGCUAGAGGCCUGGGCAGCAUUGAAAGGGAUGAUGGGCAGCAUUGAGAGGGAUGAUGGGCAGCGUUGAAAGGGAUGAUGGGAAGCAUUGAGAGGGAUGAUGUGCAGCAGUCCCAGCAGGCAAGUGGCAGAGGGCAGUAGGGGGAGGUCAAAUGAAUUAAAAGCCUGAAAUGGAAAAGUCUAAGUGAAAGGAGAGCAGGAAGAGAAUAGUAGAAGGGGAUGGACUACAAAAGAAGGUGAAGACUGGGCAUGGUGGCUCACACCAGUAACCCCAGCACUUUGGGAAGCUGAGGUGAGAGGAUUGCUUGAGGCCAGGAGCUCAAGACCAGUCUGGGCAACUUGGCAAGACCUUGUCUCUCCGAAAAGAAAAAAAAAAAAAGCCAGGUGUGGUGGUGCACACCUGUAGUCCUAGCUACUUAGGAGGAAGAGGCAAGAGGAUUGUUUGAGCCCAGAAGUCCGAGGCUGCAGUGAGCAUGAUCACACCACUGCACUCCAGCCCGACUGACAGAGCAAGAUCUUGUUUGUGUGUGGGGGGGGUGGGGGGGGAAGGGUGCAGUGAUGAAGCUCUACCAUAAAAAAAAAAAAUACAUGUAUGUAGAGAGUGCUGAGUACUGUGCCUCACAUAGAGCAGGUAUUUGAUAAACCUAGAGUGAAUAGAGAAUGAGUAAAUGAAGAAGAGAAGGUCAUUCAGUCAAGACAUUUUCUCACUUGAGAAAACAUGCUAAGAGACAGCAAUGGUGUAUGACAGGGUUAGGAAAAGUAGUUAUGCCCAGGUGACAGUCAACAUUGGUAAUUAUGCUAAUAGAAAAAAAACCCAUUGGAAUCCCUUAGUGAAAACCAAACAGGUUGAAAGGAAGCAUAAAACAGGAAAAACAACAUGCACUAACAAUAGUCCCAGAAAAACAAAAUACCUUGGGAAAAAUUUUACUCUGAAGAGAAGCACAAAAUACGUUGUAUGUUGAAGAUUUCAAAAUUGUUUUCUCCCAUGUCAGGAGACUUCCUAAAGUACAUUUUUAUCCAAGCUAGCAUAAGUUUAAGAGGAAGCACAAAAAGAGGGACAAGAUAGUACACAAAGUACUAAAAAAUUUGGGUAGAAGCCGGGCACGGUGGCUCACGCCCGUAAUCCCAGCACUUUGGGAGUCUGAGGCGGGUGGAUCACCUGAGGUCAGGAGUUCGAGACCAGCUUCACCAACGUGGAGAAACCUCGUCUCUACUAAAAAUGCAAAAUUAGCUGGGCAUGGUGGCACAUGCCUGUAAUCCCAGCUACUCUGGAGGCUGAGGCAGAAGAAUCUGCUUGAACCCAGGAGGCAGAGGUUGCAGUGAGCCGAGAUCACGUCACUCCAGCCUGGGCAGUAAGAGCAAAACUCUGUCUCAAAUGAAAAAAAAAAAAUUGGGGUAGAAAAAUGUCGACACUUCUAUGGGAACCAGCAGAAACUCAUCUUUAAAUGGUAAUGCAGUUCUAAUCCCAUUAAGACAAAAGUCUUCAAAGUAAAGUUAUAUUGGCCGGGUGCGGUGACUCACACCUGUAAUCCCAGCACUUUGGGAGGCCAAGGCGGGCAGAUCACACGAGGCCAGGAGUUUGAGGCCAGUCUGGUCAACAUGGUGAAACUCCAUCUCUAUUAAAAACACAAAAAUUAGCUGGGCUUGGUGGUGCAUGGCUGUAAUCCCAGCUACUCAGGAGGCUGAGGCAUGAGAAUCACUUGAGUCUGGGAGGCAGAGGGUACAGUGGGCCAAGAUCAUGCCACUGCACUAUAGCCUUGGUGACAGAGUGAGACGCUGUCUCAAAAUAAUAAUAAUAAACAAAGUUAUAUUUUAACAAAAGGAUUAACAACCAAAAACCAAGCUUAUUUCAAGCAAUAUGUAUUAAUAAUAUAAUAAAAACGCAAAUACAACUAUAAAGUGAGAAUACUAUUUGGAGUUCAAAACAGUAAUAUCUGACCUAUAUGUAACACAACUGAAAUAUAAAGAAUCUUGCCUCCUGGGCAUGUUGUUUCCGCAACAGUGUGGCCUCUGAAGAACAAUGAAAAUAAAAGAAGCUGACCUAAUAAUUCUAGAGUGAUUUCACUUGAUGAAUUGUUUUAAAGUAAGCAGAUAAAAAUCCAAGUGAGUGAAAACAAAUCCAAUUUGUAAUAAAAAUGUUAAAAACCUGAUACUUUUAAGCUGAAGUCUUUUCCUGGUCCUUCAUUUAUUUACCUUCAAGGUUUCUGAACUAAUCUUGAGAUAUUUUAGAAUCAAAUAUCUGAUUUUAACAGAUAUGUGACUGGUCUAAUACAUGGCUGAUAAUUACUAAGUAACGGAGUAACUAAGGUAAAACACAAUUCUCUCUGGAUUUGUUUCAAAUUUCUUCUCCUGAAGACACGUGACAUACAAUUCAUGAUGUGACUUUGAGUUUGGGGCAGCGUUUGCAAACUGUGGUUCACAGGCCAAAUUCAAUCCACUGUGAAUGUUGAAAAACAAUCAAAAUAAGACUAUUUUGCGAUGUGAAAUUAAAUAAAAUUCAAAUACUGUUGUCCAUAAAUAAAAUUUUAUUGGAA